AUAACUAUGGUCUCGUUGACUACUUGCGCAACAAGCACAGCACGGCACGGCACAAAAAAAGAAGCUAAUGUAAGCAUGACCCGCAGAUUUGAAUCCCAACUCUACAGGCACGUUUUCUCUCUUGACGCAGUUUCAGUCUACACCUUUCAGCUCCUCAGGGUUGCAGAAAUGGCGUUGAUAAGACAAGCUCUCUCUCUUGGCAUAAUUGUGACUUCAGCUCUAAUGAUAUGGAAGGCAUUGAUGUGCAUAACUUGCAGUGAGUCGCCUGUUGUAGUUGUGCUCACUGGAAGCAUGGAGCCUGGUUUCAAACGAGGUGACAUAUUGUUCUUGCAUAUGAGCAAGGAUCCUAUUCGGACUGGGGAUAUUGUUGUAUUUAAUGUCGAAGGACGUGAUAUUCCAAUUGUCCAUCGAGUAAUUGAGGUCCAUGAAAGACGAGAUAGCAGAGAUGUUGAUAUCCUCACAAAAGGAGACAGCAAUGAUGUGGAUGAUAGAUUUCUAUAUAAAUACGGUCAGAAUUGGUUGAAUCCCCAACAUAUCACUGGAAGAGCCAUUGGGUUCUUGCCUUACGUGGGCUGGGUGACCAUUAUCAUGACUGAGAAGCCUCUUAUCAAGUACAUACUUAUAAGCGCCUUAGGUUUGCUGGUGAUUACCUCAAAAGAUUAAGGAAACAACUCUUCAAGAGUAGUACGUUAGCAUACAAGCAUUUACUCUUACGAAACAGAAAUUUAGAUAUUCAAUCUCAAAAAUUUUGUAAUGUAUAAAGAGCACAGCUCUACUCAGUUGGUGGAACAUAUAAAGAUAAUAUGUGAUUUCAGGAGUCUCAUGUCUUAUACCUUCUACCUUUUAUUUGGUAUAAUUCAAUUUGUAAGAAAAAAAUUAAAUAAAUUCUGAGAAAAUCAUAUGACUUUAUUUUCCA